AUGGAAGAAUGUGAUUUUGCUUCUAGAAUAUUAGAGGAAUUUGAUAGUGAUGACUGUUUGAUGAUUGAAAACUUAUUAGGUUUACGAUCUGAGUCUUUGGCAAAUCAAUUUAAAAGUGACGCUUCUGCUGUACUUCAUUCAAAUAAUCGACAAUAUGGUCCUAUUACAGAGACAAUAACAAUCAAUAAUCACGAGGUUGCUGCUGCUACAAGUGCUUCUGAUGAUGUUCUUCAUUCAAAGAAUCGACAGUGUGCUACUGCUUCGGAGACAAUAAUAGAAAAUAAUCAUGAGGUUGCUGCUGGUACAAGUGUUGCUAAAAUUGAUGCUUCUGAUGAUGUUCUUCAUUCAAAGAAUCAACACUAUGCUUUUGCUUCGGAAACAAUAACGAGAUUCAACAAUUCUAAUGUAAAGAAUAAUGAGACGAGUAAUGAGGAAUUCAAGAAUCCUGACGUUAAGAAUAAGAAGAUAACUGCUGAGGAUGCUGUUAGUGGAAGUGUUCGCAAAAUAACAUUUAAAAUAAAACGAAGCGAUCCAUCGCUGAAAUUUGUUUAUGGAAAUUCUAAUACAAAGAAUGACGAGACAGCUACCGAAAAAUUCAACAAUUCUGGACUAAAGAAUAAUGAGACAAGUACUAAGGAAUUCAAGAAUUCUUAUGUAAAGAACAACGAGACGACUGCCGAGGAACUCAACAAUCCUAAUACAAAGAAUAACGAGACAACUGCUGGGGAAUCGUUGUUUGACGAGAGUUCCAACACAAAAGUCAAGAAAAGAAAGGCAAAUAAGAAAAAAUCAAGUGAGCCUUCAAAUAAACAAAAGAAGAAAAUCAAUACCAAUGGAAGGAUUAGUCCCCAUCCGGAAGUAGACGAACCUGGACUUCCUUUGGAAUUUAAAGAAAAGAUUGAACAAAUGGGAGGCAUUGAGGUCAAAAUGGUGAUUCAGAAGGAACUAACAAACAGUGAUGUGACGCAAGACCAGGGUCGUCUCUCCAUCCCAAAAGGAAGAGUUAAAGAGAGUUUUUUGACAGCAAGUGAGGAAUCAUACUUGGAUUACGAGCGUAAUAAAGAUGAGAAGAUUCCAAGUAUGUAUGUAUCUAUGCUGGAUCAUAAUCUUAACCUAUGGGAUGAAAUGUGCUUGAAGAAGUGGAAAAUGACGAAAGCUGAAAUCUACAGUAUCACCGAAGGAUGGAACGAACUUGUAGCAGAAAACGAUUGGAAAAAAGACGAGAAGGUGUUGGUGCAACUUUGGUCUUUCAGACGCAACCACAAGCUCUAUUUUGCACUCGUCAAGCUUUAG